AUGCGGCCGGCCAAGCCAAAAGCCAACAAACUGGACGGAAACCAUGGAAAAAUUAUUAGUAUUUCUGGGAUCAUUGAAACCGGGCCACAUUCGACGCUUCAAGGGCCAAUUCGGGAUAUUCUGAAGUCAAUUGGGCGGCAAGCCGAUAUUGGAUACAUUUCUCUUCUUAGACAUAACACUUCGGCAAUAGCAUCUACAGUAGAAGAAGCCUUGGGCUGCCUUCAUUGCUCAGGCUAUACGCUCAACCUGCUGUCAAUCAACAACCACUCAAAGGAUGGAGACAUAUCAAGUGAACUGCAAGUGCUGGUAGAUUUGCCUAGUUACCCCUUCACAUACUCACAGAAGUACUGGCACGAGUCUAGAGCGAGUAGUACGGGACACCGAUUACGGCAACAUGGGCGUUAUCUCGGGACUCCCAUAUCAGAACUUCCAUGGGUCGAGGAUCAUAAGAUCAACGGAAGAAUUAUAUACCCCGGAGGGGGCAUUCUAGUGAUGGCAAUUGAGGCUGCGAAGCAAAUUGCAGACCCGAAUUGUACGGUGACCGGCUAUAACGUUAGGGACGUCGUAUUUCAGGCAGAAUUAAAUAUUCCAACAAGCUCCGAUCGUAUCGAAACUCGGUUUUACAUGAAAUCUAUCAGAAGUUCACCGAUGAGGGUGAAUGGUUCAAGUUCAGCCUUCAUAGCUGCAAUCACGAUAAGUGCACUCGCAUGGCUACAUCCAAAUUGACUACUAUAA